AUAUAUAUAUAUAUAAAAAAAAAAAAAAAAACCCUAAAUUUUUAUGUAUUUAUUUUCUUUCUUUUUUUUUUCUUUCCCUUUUUUUUUUUUCUUCUUUCUUUUUUUCAAAUAAAAAACUAAUUUCAUAAUUAAAAUGGAUGACCGAAUAAUGUACAAAAGAUCACAAGCAUUACGUGAAUAUGUUGCUUCAUUUCAUCUUACACUCAUGUUUGUGGGCCUCUUUGUAACUUCAAUAGGCGCAUAUCUGAUCAACUCAAACACCAGUAGGACAAUAUCGAUUCUAUUAUUAACAAUAGGCAUCAUGAUCACCACAACCAGUUUCAUUGGUUGCUUUGGGGCACACUUGGAACAUACGGGAUUUCUCAACACUUAUAGUAGUAUCACUGCAAUUGCACUGAUCCUCGAACUAGUUGCAAUGGGUCUUGCUUAUACUCAUACAUCACAGUUGGAUUAUUAUGGCAGUCUAGCAUGGGACUUCUUUAAAGACAAUGACUCGCAAUUCCUUGUUGAUCUGGAACAAUCAGUGAAAUGCUGCGGAUAUGGAUCCGUAUCCGAUAGGGCUGUGCCAAAGACAUGUUCCGUAACUUUAGGAGUUAAUAUCGGAUGCAGGGAAUCAAUUAUGAACAACGUGCAAGCACAACAUCAGUGGAUCACCAUCAUUAUCCUCGUUCUAUUGUCUGUUCAGUUUAUAGCCUUACUGGUAUCUGUCGUCUUGAGCUGUAUCAUGGAUCGUGAGACAAGAGAAGAAGAAACCUACAUGGCUCUAUUGAGUCAAAAUAACAAUUGGUCCAACAAUGGCGGUGAAAGUUCAUUGGGUUACAUCGGAAACAGUGGCUAUUUUGGAAGAAAUACUCGAUCCAGUCAAAGAUCUAUUCCAAGGUAUGGAAGCACACCAUCAAAAUAAAUAAAAAAUAAAAAAAAAAUAUUGGCGCGCAGCUUUUUUUUGUCGGCUGACAAAAAAAAAUAAAAUACC